CCAUGGGCACCUCCAGCAUCUUCCUCUGCAUUCUGUUCCUCGGUGGGGCACUGGGUCUCGCCCCUUCCCCUGCCUGGAGACGGCUCCACUGUUACACCUGCAACUUCGCCAAACCCUGCUACCCUGUUCCUACCGAGUGUCAGGAUGAUGAAGUUUGUGGCAUCAGUAUUGGUACCUCAGAGAACAGUGAGGUCAAGGAGCGGAAAGCCUGCCUCCCAAGGACCCAGUGCUCUCUGCAGGGCCAUGCCACCUGCUGGUCACGCUCCUACACUCCUCAGCACCACUGCUGCGAGCAGGACCUGGGCAAUGCAGCCACCACGCCGCAUUGGCCCCCCAGCCUCCUCCUCAUCACCCCGCUCAUCCUCGUGGCCAGCUUCACCUGGGGAGCCCACCUCCUCCACCAGCCUUCAACCCAAGACUCCUCCACUAUCACCGUGGCCCUGGAAACACCUGCACACACUUCUGAGAUCUGCCCAAGAACCUGAUCUUGUACAGAGACCUCACACCCCUUGGGCCCAACACCUUCACGGACCCCUCCCCAAACCUGAUUCCUACAGGCACUGCUCUAGCCCCUACCUGCCCAGAGGCACCUACCCGGAGCCCAGCCUCAUAAAGAACACCUGUUCUAAAUCUUUGGUCUUUUCUAGAUGUCUGUUGCUGAUGCAUUCUCUCAGCCCCAGCUCUCUGGCAAGGCAGGUGUUUGACGGAGCUGUGGGUCCCAGGCAAGGGGAUCGAAGGGGCACCAGGUGUGAUGAGGAGGAGGGUCCUGCUAGGAGAGAUUAACUUGGUAGGUCAGGAAGGAGGGCUUGGGGAACUAUGAAGAGUAAAUAUAA